AUGGGGUCCUGUUUCAGCGUUGAAGAAGAACCGCAACAGUCCAAGAACAAAUCUCUAAGUAAUAAGCCAGGGGACUCUGUGCUUGUUAAUAAACCAGAUACACCAGAAUUACAAAAAAUUGAAAAGAGUAUUGUGGUAAUUCCCAAAAAUGUGAAGGAUCUACGUCAAAAUCCUGGGAAUAGUAACCUUGAUAUCUUCACAUAUGAAGAGAUGAAGUUGGCUACCAAUCACUUCCGACCAAAUCAGGUUCUUGGUGAGGGUGGGUUUGGUAUAGUCUAUAAAGGAGUUAUAGAUGAGAAUGUGAGGCCUGGUUACGAGACAACACAAGUUGCCAUCAAAGAGCUUGACCCUGAAGGUCUACAAGGGGACCGAGAAUGGCUGGCAGAAGUCAAUUAUUUAGGGCAACUUCGCCACCCUAACCUGGUGAAACUGAUUGGGUAUUGCUGUGAGGGUGACCAUAGACUGUUGGUCUAUGAAUAUAUGGCUUCUGGGAACUUGGAGAAACAUCUCUUUUUAAGAGUGCGUGCCACUUUAACAUGGCAUAUGAGAAUGAAGAUUGCUUUGGAUGCUGCAAGAGGGCUUGCUUGUCUUCAUGCUGUGGAAAAACCUAUUAUUUAUAGGGAUUUUAAGACUUCAAACAUUUUACUGGACAAGGAUUUUAAUGCAAAACUUUCUGAUUUUGGACUGGCAAGGGUUGGGCCUACUGGAGAUCAAACUCAUGUGUCAACUCGGGUUAUGGGUACUUAUGGUUAUGCCGCUCCUGAGUACGUCAUGACCGGACAUUUAACUGCUAGAAGUGAUGUUUAUGGUUUUGGAGUUGUUUUACUUGAGAUGCUGAUUGGAAGGCGAGCAAUGGAUAAGAGCAGGCCUAGUCGAGAGCAUAACCUUGUCGAGUGGGCUCGACCACUACUAACCCAGAGUAAGAAGCUCUUGAGAAUACUGGAUCCAAGAAUUGAAGGGCAAUACUCAACUAAAAUUCUUAUGAAAGUGGCCAAUCUUGUAUACCAAUGUCUCAGCCAAAAUCCAAAAGGAAGGCCUGUAAUGAGUCAAGUAGUUGAAAUACUCGAAACCCUUCUACCACAAAUAGGGAGCCGAGACAAGGCAAUUAUGCAGAGCAGUGGCGGAUGUGUAACCCUUUACGAAGUUCCCAAAAUCCUUCCCGACACUCCAGAGGAAAAGAAGAGAGAUCCCAUCAAAAGUGAUAAUGAUGCCCGAAAGCAUAAACUGGCCAACGGAAGGAGCAAAAGUGCGCCUCCAAUGGAGCACGAUCUUUACAGCCCUCCGCAUGAUCUUCUAGACAUGCCCUCCACUGCAAAUUGA